CAGCUGGAUAUCAGCUUGAUCGUUUCUAGCACGCGGCCAUUUUUUACUCCUGCUGCCAUCUAUGUUUAAUUUGCUUUCCUACAGUUCCCAAUCCCUGGCAAAGAGUGACUUCAAAGCGGCGGCUUGUGGCGCUAAAGCUCAAUAGCACCUAUUGAGCUCCAAAUACUCCAGAAACCAGGAGUCUUUCGUUGAUAAUUCAGACGUGAAUUUUGUUCCACGGAAGCCCGCUUCGAAGGAGGUUCUGUGGGCAUGUUGAAGAGUCUGCCUCCAGAUUUUUUUCUCAUUAUCGUCGUUGAUGCAAUAGACCAGUUGGAAAAUCUCGCUCUGAAUGAUUUGAUGAGUGUUGCCAAAGAGAAUAUGGCUGCUCAUCAGCAUCACUAUUUACCGAAUGCCAAUGAGCUCGAACAAAUCCGCAAAUGCCUGUCGUCCGUACAGUCCAUAUACAAUGGACUCACGCGGUUGGAUCUGUGCAGCCGGAUUUCAGAAGCGGACGAUGAACUCGUUUUCCAACGUUUUAUCGUCCAGCGCGGCAUGCAUGCAUUGGCAGUAUUGGCGAUGAGUCUACUCCUUGUGAGGAUGAAACGCGAAGCUCUCUACAUCGUCGUGGUACCACACUCUCCUUCUUGAAAUGAAACUUCUUCUGAACUAUCGCUACACUAAAAUGCGGAACGAGUUCUAACGCGCCGGACGUGGAGAAAAGAACCCGCGUGCGACAAGCGUAUCUCAAGUCAGUUUCGAGGGAAGCAGAAAUCUCGCUUAGACUCAUGCCUGAAAUGCAAACUCAUCUUGAAGGCAUUCUCAAAGCAGUGUGAUUUUUUUUUUCAUCCUUUGAAGGAGUGUCUGUGGCAAAAGUGAGCAAUGCGCGGUACGACUCGAACAGUCGCAAUGUUUUCUUUCACGAAGACUUGAAGAACUUUGUGGAAAUGGGCAAAAUUCUGGAUCACUUCGAGUUACUUCUCUCCAAGGGUUUUCUUCCUUCCUCUUGUACAUGAAUCGUUUGUUGACUUCCUCAAGUUUCAGGGCGGCUUGAAGUUUUGCUA